AUGAGAAAGAUAAACACAACCUGCACGGAUUUUCUAAAAUGUGCAACAAAAUUCAAAUGUGGAAGGACUAGAAAAGAUGUGGAGGAGAUUAAUAAAGCGGUUACCCUUUGUGAUUUUCAUGCAUUCCACCUGUCACCUGGCUGGCUGGAUUGUGUUGAGAAACUGGACACCACUUGUGUUCGAGAAUGGGACCCGUUCCCAGAUCUUGAAGGAACUGAAGAGGAGAAUACGGUGAAACAGAAAGAGGCUUGUAGAAACUUUUUUGGUAAAGACAACUGUAUGGAAAAGGAGAUGUUAGAUAUGUGUAGCUUGGACUUGUGGGAGGAUAUCAGGAAGCACUACUUGGCAACGAACAAAGUCAUCAAAGCAUGCGAUUUCGAUUAA